AUGGCCGGCCUGCCCCACAUCCCAGGCCCCCAGGACCUCCAGCCCUUCACCCCCGCCUCGCUGGCCGCCAUCGAGCAGCGCGCGGCCGAGGCUGAGGCUCUGAGGAUCAAGAGGCAGCAGGUGGAGCUGCCCGAGGAAGAGGAGGUCAAACCCAGCAGUGACCUGGAAGCUGGCAAGAACCUGCCCCUCAUCUAUGGUGACCCACCCCCGGAGCUCAUCGGGACCCCCCUGGAGGAUUUGGACCCUUUCUACAAGGAUAAGAAGACCUUCAUAGUCCUCAACAAAGGGAAGUCCAUCUUCCGCUUCUCGGCCACCCCUGCCCUCUACCUGCUGGGGCCCUUCCACCCCAUCCGCAGAGGAGCCAUCAAAGUGCUCAUCCAUUCAUAUCCUUGUUUUAAAUUAUUCAGCAUGUUCAUCAUGAUCACCAUUUUAACCAACUGUGUCUUCAUGACCCUGAGCAACCCCCCGGCGUGGUCCAAGAACGUGGAAUACACCUUCACUGGGAUCUACACCUUUGAGUCCCUCAUCAAGAUACUGUCCAGGGGCUUCUGCAUCGAUGACUUCACAUUCCUGCGAGACCCAUGGAACUGGCUGGACUUCAUGGUCAUCUCCAUGGCCUACAUCACUGAGUUCGUGGACCUGGGGAACAUCUCUGCUCUCCGGACCUUCCGCGUCCUCCGUGCCUUGAAAACCAUCACUGUGAUACCAGGGCUGAAGACCAUCGUUGGGGCCCUGAUCCAGUCGGUGAAGAAGCUCUCAGAUGUCAUGAUCCUCACUGUCUUCUGCCUGAGCGUGUUCGCCCUCAUCGGCCUCCAGCUCUUCAUGGGGAACCUCAGGCAGAAGUGUGUGAGGUGGCCACCCCUCAACGACACCCUGCUGGGGGACCUGGGGCUGGACAAUGACACCUUGGCCAACUCAGCCUUCUAUGGCAACUUCACCGACGGGAUCGUCGGCAACUUCACUGACGGCAUCAUCAGCAACUUCACCACCAACUUCACCACCAACAGCACCUUUGACUUCGAGGCCUACAUCAAUGAUGAAGCCAACUUCUACUUUCUGGAGGGAGCGUUGGACGCCCUGCUCUGUGGGAACAGCAGUGAUGCUGGGAAGUGCCCCGAGGGGUACACGUGCAUGAAGGCUGGGAGGAACCCCAACUAUGGCUACACCAGCUACGACACCUUCAGCUGGGCCUUCCUUGCCCUCUUCCGCCUCAUGACACAGGACUUCUGGGAGAACCUCUUCCAGCUGACGCUGCGCUCGGCAGGGAAAACCUACAUGAUCUUCUUCGUGGUGGUGAUAUUCCUGGGGUCCUUCUACCUCAUCAACCUCAUCCUGGCUGUGGUGGCCAUGGCCUACGAGGAGCAGAACAACGCCACGAUGCUGGAGGAGCAGCAGAAGGAGGAGGAGUUCCAGCAGCUCCUGGAGCAGCUGAAGAAGCAACAGGAGGAGCAGGAGAAGCUGUUGCAGGACAGAAGGUCCAGCAGUGGGUCCCUGCCCAGCAGCCUGGCCGAGAAGGAGCCUGACUCAGAGCUGAACAGUGACCAGGAGAAGGGGCAGGACUGCAACGGGCAGGUGGUGCCCAGGCUGGUGCUGCAACGCUCUGCAACCAUCAUCCAGUUCGACCCACCCAACGAGCCAGAGAAACCAGACCUCAACCACCUCACUGUGGGCACCCACGAUGGGCCAGGCCUGGAGAAGAGGGUGGGAAGUGCCAUCAGUGUCAUCUCCAAUGCUGUGGAAGAGCUGGAGGAAGCUCACCAGAAAUGUCCACCCUGGUGGUACAAAUUUGCCCACACCUUCCUGGUCUGGAACUGCUGCCUUCCAUGGGUGAAGCUGAAGGAGUUUGUCAAGUUGGUGGUGAUGGACCCUUUUGUGGACCUGGGCAUCACCAUCUGCAUUGUCCUCAACACCCUCUUCAUGGCAAUGGAGCAUUAUCCCAUGACAGAGGAGUUUGAGAACGUGCUGUCUGUGGGGAACCUGGUCUUCACGGGGAUCUUCACGGCAGAGAUGGUCCUGAAGCUCAUUGCUCUGGAUCCCUACGAGUAUUUCCAGCAGGGCUGGAAUAUCUUUGACAGCUUCAUUGUCACCCUGAGCCUGGUGGAGCUGGGUCUGGCCAACGUGCAGGGUCUGUCCGUGCUCCGCUCCUUCCGCCUGCUGAGGGUCUUCAAGCUGGCCAAGUCCUGGCCCACCCUCAACAUGCUCAUCAAGAUCAUCGGCAACUCGGUGGGCGCCCUGGGGAACCUGACCCUGGUCUUGGCCAUCAUCGUCUUCAUCUUCGCCGUGGUGGGGAUGCAGCUGUUUGGGAAGAGCUACAUGGAGUGUGUGUGCAAGAUCUCCCAGGACUGCACCCUGCCCCGCUGGCACAUGAACGAUUUCUUCCACUCCUUCCUCAUCGUCUUCCGCAUCCUCUGCGGGGAGUGGAUCGAGACCAUGUGGGACUGCAUGGAGGUGGCUGGGCAGACCAUGUGCCUGAUUGUCUUCAUGAUGGUCAUGGUCAUCGGGAACCUGGUGGUGCUGAACCUGUUCCUGGCCCUGCUGCUAAGCUCCUUCAGUGCUGACAGCCUGGCAGCCUCGGAUGACGACGGGGAGAUGAACAACCUGCAAAUCGCCAUCGGCAGGAUCACCAGGGGCAUCCACCUGCUGAAGUCCUCCCUCCUCACCCUGCUCAGGAGGCUCUGCAAGGGCAAGAAGGUGGCCCCGGAGGAAGAGCAAGAGCACAGCAAGAGGGACAACUCCGUGCUCAACCACCUGGACGUUGGGCAGGAGCCCAAGGCUGAGUAUCUGGACGGAAUCGCCGGCAAAGAGCGGCUGCUCAUGGAUGAGCUGGACCACAUGAACUUCAUUAACAACCCCAACCUGACAGUGCAGGUCCCCAUCGCCUCCGAGGAGUCUGACCUCUAUGAUGAGACCAGCACCCAGUCUGAGACGGAGGAUAUCAAGCAGCCCCUCUCCAGUGACAACGCCUCGUCCCUGUGCAGCACAGUGGACUACAAACCCCCCCAGCCUGAGGAGGAGGAGGUGGCAGAAGAAGCUGAGGAGAGCAACGAGCCUGAGGAGUGUUUCACCGAGGCCUGUGUGAAGAGGUUUCCCUGCCUCUACGUGGACAUCACCACAGAGAAAGGGAGGAUCUGGUGGAACAUCAGGAAAACCUGCUUCCGCAUCGUGGAGCACGACUGGUUUGAGACCUUCAUCGUCUUCAUGAUCCUCCUCAGCAGUGGGGCACUGGCUUUUGAGGACAUCUACAUUGAGCAGAGGAAGGUGAUCCGCACCAUCCUGGAAUACGCUGACAAGGUCUUCUCCUACAUCUUUGUCAUUGAGAUGUUGCUCAAGUGGGUGGCUUAUGGCUUCAAGGUCUACUUCACCAAUGCCUGGUGCUGGCUGGAUUUCCUCAUCGUUGAUGUUUCCAUUGUCAGCCUGACAGCAAACUGGUUGGGAUACUCCGAGCUGGGGGCCAUCAAGUCCCUGAGGACACUGAGAGCUCUGAGACCUCUGCGUGCCCUCUCCAGAUUUGAAGGCAUGAGGGUGGUGGUGAACGCCCUGCUGGGCGCCAUCCCCUCCAUCAUGAACGUCCUGCUGGUUUGUCUCAUCUUCUGGCUGAUCUUCAGCAUCAUGGGGGUGAACCUGUUCGCGGGGAAGUACUACCGGUGCGUCAACACCACCACGGGGGAGCUCUUUGACAUCAGUGUGGUCAACAACAAGAGUGACUGCCUGGCCCUCCUCCACACCAACGAGGUCAGAUGGGUCAACGUCAAGGUCAACUUCGACAACGUGGGCUUGGGAUACCUCUCCUUGCUGCAGGUGGCGACCUUCAAGGGCUGGAUGGACAUCAUGUAUGCUGCUGUGGACUCCCGGGAGAUUGAAGAGCAGCCAGUAUAUGAGAUCAACCUCUACAUGUACAUCUACUUUGUCAUCUUCAUCAUCUUCGGUGCCUUCUUCACCCUCAACCUCUUCAUCGGCGUCAUCAUCGACAACUUCAACCAGCAGAAGAAGAAGUUUGGAGGCAAAGACAUCUUCAUGACAGAAGAGCAGAAGAAAUACUACAAUGCCAUGAAGAAGCUGGGCUCCAAGAAGCCCCAGAAGCCCAUCCCCAGGCCAUCGAACAAGUUCCAAGCCAGGGUGUUUGACUUUGUCACCAAGCAAGUGUUUGACAUCACCAUCAUGAUCCUGAUUUGCCUCAACAUGGUGACCAUGAUGGUUGAAACAGAUGAUCAAAGUGAGCUCAAAACAUCUGUCCUCUACAAGAUCAACCUGGUCUUCAUUGUCAUCUUCACUGGAGAGUGUGUGCUCAAGAUGUUUGCCCUGCGCCACUACUACUUCACUAUUGGCUGGAACAUCUUUGACUUUGUGGUGGUCAUCCUCUCCAUCCUAGGUAUUGUCCUCUCAGACAUCAUAGAGAAGUACUUUGUCUCACCCACCCUCUUCAGGGUCAUCAGGCUGGCGAGGAUUGGCCGUGUCCUCCGGCUGAUCCGAGGGGCAAAAGGCAUCAGGACCCUCCUCUUUGCUCUGAUGAUGUCCUUGCCAGCCCUCUUCAACAUUGGCCUCCUGCUCUUCCUCGUCAUGUUCAUCUACUCCAUCUUUGGGAUGUCCAACUUUGCCUACGUCAAGAAGGAGUCAGGGAUCGAUGACAUCUUCAACUUUGAAACCUUUGGGAACAGCAUCAUCUGCCUCUUCCAGAUCACCACGUCAGCUGGGUGGGAUGGUCUCCUCAACCCCAUCCUGAACAGUGGCCCCCCUGACUGUGACCCGGAGGUGGAGAACCCAGGCAGCCCAGUGAAAGGGAACUGUGGCAACCCAUCCAUUGGCAUCUUCUUCUUCUGCAGCUACAUCAUCAUCUCCUUCCUCAUCGUGGUCAACAUGUACAUUGCCAUCAUCCUGGAGAACUUCAACGUGGCCACAGAGGAGAGCAGUGAACCCCUCUGUGAAGAUGACUUUGAAAUGUUUUAUGAAACCUGGGAGAAGUUUGACCCAGAUGCCACCCAGUUCAUUGCAUACAGCACCUUGUCUGACUUUGUAGACACCUUACAGGAGCCACUCAAAAUCCCCAAGCCAAACAAGAUCAAGUUAAUCACCAUGGAUCUACCAAUGGUUGCUGGGGACAAAAUCCACUGUCUGGACAUCCUUUUUGCCCUGACUAAGGAAGUGCUGGGAGACUCGGGCGAGAUGGACGCCUUGAAGGCCACCAUGGAGGAGAAGUUCAUGGCUGCCAACCCCUCGAAGGUCUCCUACGAGCCCAUCACCACCACUCUGAAGAGGAAACAUGAGGAAGUCUGUGCCACAAAAAUCCAGAGGGCCUUCAGGAGGUACCUCCUGAGGCGCUCGGUCAAGCAGGCGUCCUACAUGUACCGCCAGAGCAAGGAUGAAGAGGAGCCCAGAGGGGAUGCCCCUGAGAAGGAAGGUCUGAUCGCCACCAAAAUGCAGGAGAUGUAUGGGAACAGUGGGACAGAUGUGGAGACAGGACCUGCCUUUGGCCUUCAGCCCCUUCCCAGCUCAGAGACUCAAGAUGCUCCUGAUGAAGCAGCCAAAGUGUGGGCUCAAGAGCGCGUGGUCAAAGAGUCGUUGGUGUAA